AUGUCGACAAUAGUACUCUGCAUGGGCGGUUUGCUGGCGGUGUUGGCAGCCCGAUGGCUUAAAAGAUGGCAGAACCCUAAAUGCAACGGUGUGCUUCCUCCUGGCUCGAUGGGUCUCCCGUUCAUAGGUGAAACCCUAGGGUUGAUCAUACCUAGUGCUUCUCUUGACCUCCCUCCAUUCAUCAAAACCCGAAUCAAAAAAUAUGGGCCUAUCUUUCGUACAAAUUUGGCUGGUAGGCCGGUGAUAGUGACUGCGGAUCGUGAGUUCAACCACUUCCUCCUCCGGCAAGAUGGUAAGUUGGUUGACACAUGGUCGCUUGACACAUUUGCGGAAGUGUUUGACCAAACAACACAAUCUUCAAGAAAAUACACGAGGAAUUUGACUUUGAACCACUUUGGGAUCGAGGCGUUAAGGGAGAAGCUACUUCCUAAAAUGGAGAACGCCAUAAAUGAUACACUUCGUGCUUGGUCGAGCCAAGAUUCUACCGAAGUGAAAAGCGCAACUAUCACUCUAACCAUUGAUUUCGCUGCAAAGCAAUUGUUUAGUGGUGAUCUCGAUGAUGCACCUCUGAAGUUAAGCGAUAUGUUCAAUAACCUCGUUGAUGGCCUUAUGUCUUUCCCUUUAAACAUCCCGGGAACUGCUCAUCACAGGUGCUUAAAGAGUCACAAGCAAGUGCGUGAACUGAUGAGUGAGGUGUUAAGAAAGAGGCGUUGUUCAAACGAGAAACGUGAAGAUUUGCUCCAUCAUCUAAUCAACGACAUGGACACUGAAGAUUUCUUAUCAGAAGGGUUCAUCAUACAGUUGAUGUUCGGGCUUCUCUUUGUGAGCUCUGAUUCUAUCUCAACAACAUGUGCCUUAGCUUUCAAGUUUCUCGCUGAACACCCUUCAGUUCUAGAUGAAUUAACUGCCGAGCAUGAAGCUAUACUCGAAAAGAAAGAAAACAUGGAUUCCCCACUUACAUGGAGUGACUAUAAAUCCAUGACCUUCACUCUUCAAGUUAUAAAUGAGGUACUCAGGCUAGGAAACAUAUCUCCGGGACUGCUUCGACGGGCCCUAAGAGACAUUUCAAUCAAUGGAUAUACAAUACCUGAAGGAUGGGUUAUUUUGUUAGCCUCGGCUGCAUUACAUUUAAACUCAAGUGAAUUCGAGGAUCCACUCACAUUCAACCCAGGACGAUGGAAGGAUUUGAACCCAAGUGUGGUCGCAAAAAGUUUCAUGCCCUUUGGUUCGGGGAUGAAGCAAUGUGCCGGUGCCGAAUACAGUCGGGUCUUCUUAGCCACCUUCUUACAUGUUCUUGUUACAAAAUACAGAUGGGAACUAGUCAAUGGUGGAAAAAUUGUUAGAGCUCCAAUUAUAAGGUUUCCAAACGGGUUCCAUUACAAGAUCACACCCAAAACAUAA